AACGACACCGAGGUGAUUUUGUUUUAUUACGUUGUGGUGUUUAAGUGAACUAAAUUAUAGACUGUUGUGGACGUGUGGAUCGUUAAAUCUAUUUGGAACUAUAUGACCACUGGUGUAAAACCAAAACAGGUUUUAAGCACCUUGUAACCCGAUCAUAUUGCACGUUGGAAUCAUGGGUUUUGGAAUAGAAGCCGAGUUUGAGACCGUAUUCAUUGGUCGAACAGAUGAGCUUCGAAAUUUGCAAACAUCAUGGAACACGAAGCGAAUGUUUGGAAUUUACGGGAUGAGAACUGUUGGUACUUCAAGGUUAGCGAAGGAGUUCCUGAUAAGUGUCAAAACACAGUAUGAUGAAUUGGUGUAUGUUAAUUUUAAAGAGAUAAGUGACAUUACACAGAUGUACGUCAAUAUGUGCGCGCAAUUGAAACUUUUUAUUGAAUCACAAACGAACGACAUUAAAUCAUGGGAAAACUUACUUUUCAGUGCAGUGUCAUCCAGUAAAAGAGAAUAUGUAUUAUUUUUUGACAAUAUGGAAUAUUUCCUGGACAACGAAAGCGCAAUACGAAAAUGUGUUGAUCUUAUAAAAUUUGACAAUGUCAAAGUUGUACUCACCUCAACCACAACUGUUCUUUUUGCAAAUGUUCGGCAUGUUUACCAUGUGUGCGAACUGCAUCCACUGAAAGCAGACGAAUCAUCCGAGUUGUUGAAAGCAGAAGCCCGGGACGUUGAUUACGGCGAAUAUUUAGAUAGAAUUGUACAUCUCAGUGAGGGGCUGCCGCUUUUGCUACUGAUGAUCGCGUCAGAGCUGCGCGAAAACCGAGGUAUGCUGACAGCCAAAGACAUGGCACAGCUACUAGCGGAAUGUAGAUUGCCGAUACUUAGUCGAGAGUUCUACCCCGAGGAGGACAGGGUUUCUCACGUGUAUCAACAGUUUAUCAGCAGGCUAAGUCAUUCUCACAGGAGCAGCUAUUCCGAGCUUGACUAUAUCCCGGGGUCUUUUACGGCGGAUGAAGCUGGUUCCAUUAUUGACGCCCCAACUGAUGUAGAGCAUCGUGUACUUAUCCCGAUGGUCCGAAGGCACUUUCUUAAUUAUGAUUCAACAAGCAGGCGCUUUAACAUACAGGGAAUCUUGCGUGAAUGUAUUAAAACCUUCUUUUCUCUCAGGAAUGCACACAUUCCAGAAGUACGAGUGCGAUACAUUAAGACCUUCACAGAUGUGAUGAGGAGUAUUUCUUGGCGGUAUUCUUCACAAGAGUAUGCGAGCGCAUUGGCGGACUUUGGGUUUGAGCAGCCGAACCUGCAGAAGCUGUUGCUGGAGAUGCAGUACACGACACAGGACGCAUACACGUUCUUCAUCCAAAUGGCUACUGAAUCUUCGAAGUUUAUUGAGCGAUAUCUUUCAGGUUAUGCGGAGAAGUUUUAUAGUGAAUGUCACCGCGCAGCUGACAGGUACGGCACAACAAUGGAUAAAGCUGUUAUUGAUCUGGCAGUGGGAAGCUUGUACACUAAUGUCAAGGGAAACUUCAAAGAGGGCUUCAUAAAAUGCAGCGCAGCUCUUCGCAUACUACAACGUGGUGGAAAGUCGCUUCAGCUAGCAACUGCUUAUCAGCGGAUCGGAUAUAACUUGUUGCAUCAGGAUGAAAACGAAGAAGCUAUCAAUAAUUUCAAGAAGUCCUUGGCUAUAACGAGCGUCUCCGGGAAGCAAUUCAAUUUUAUUGCUAUACAAUCGCUGAACAGUUUAGGAACCGCACUAGCGAAGUUAGGCAAAUUCAAAGAAGCCGAGAAAUACUACUUCUCUUCUCUCCAAAAAAGUCGAAUUACUCUAGGACAUCAUCAUCCGAAUGUUGGGACGGCGUUGAACAAUAUUGGACGCAUGUACCACCAAAAACAUGACGAAGCGACGGCAAUGAAGUAUUUGCAAGAAGGACUUGAAAUAAAGAAAAAGUCUAAGGCCGCUGAUUUAUCACAACUUGAUUCUUUGAUUAAUAUUGCGAACACUUACAUUGCCGUUGGCGAAUUUGCUAAAGCAACACAGGCUCUGGAAGAAUCUCAGGUAAUUGUAUCAAGGCAAUAUUUUCCUCCACUGUCUGAAAUUGCUACCAUAAAUGAUACGUGGGGCACAGUGUAUUUAAAACAAGGACAAUUGGACAAAGCAGCAGACAUGUUUGAUAAAGCAGCACAGGAACGAGGGACUAUGACAUAUGGUGGUACACCUCACGUGGAAAGCUUGGUCAAUGUAAUAAAAGUUGCCGCCAAGAAGGGCGACUAUCGAAAAUGUAUACAAAUUGGAAAACAAGUGUUAUUAUUCAGUGAUAAUGUCCUGAGGCAACGUCCUCAAACCAUUGUUAUAAGUGACUGCUACGAAUGCCUUGCUAAUGCUUACGAAAAAACAGGCAAUAUAUCCAAGGCAAAAGUUACGUUGGAAAGUUUAAAGUUGGAGUUAACACGACUCGGAAGUCUUCACGAUUGCGAUUCAAAUAACUAUCAACUCUUGGAAAUACAGAAACGUUUGAAGUAUAUCGAGCAUAAUUUACAAUCAGACACAUUCACGAAUGACAAUAAGAGGCAAAGACCUGUUUAAGAGAGACUUUAUUUAGACAAAAUAAUAUAUAAGCAACACAAUACAUAACUGUCAAUGAUAGAUUAGAUUUGAUAAAGUUUCCAAACUUUGAUUCGACAGAAUUGUGAAGAAAUCUCGACGCUUAUGCUUCGUCUCUCUUCUGUCAGAUAGACGUGCUGAUACUACGAUGCAAACUAAUGACACUGAAACGGUGCAACGGUAUAUAGAGGAAAUUAUAUGUCCCGUUAAUGACUACACUAUUGACCCGCCUUUGUUUUCAUACUAAACAGGAUUAAAUAUCAUGCAACACGAAUUUAAUUAAAAUAGUAGAAACAAACUACACAUUGAUAAAGUAUUUUUGCAUAUAUCACGUGUUACAUGAUUUCAGCCAUUGUGUUAUACAUGUAAAUAAAACGUGAUGCAAACAAAGUCAAAUACCCGGUUUAAGUUCUUUUACAGAAAAAGUAAAUAUUUGGAUCUUCGCACUAGGGAAACUUUGCUUAUGUGCCUGGUACAAUGUCAUUUUGAUUAUGUUUGUUCUUUUUGGUACCCUAGUUUGACUCAAUAUUGGAAAACUAGGCUUCAGACUUCCCAAAAUAAAUUGAUCAGAUUUGUCAUAAAUAUGCAUAGCAGGUCUUAUGUUGGUAUUGAACAAUUUAAGUCACUGAACUGGUUACCUGUUUCUAAGAAAGUAGAUCAAUUAACUCUAUGUCAUGGUCAUAAGAUUAAGUCAGACACAUGUCCUUAAUAUCUUAAGGAGCAUUUUGUACCCUUGAAUUUGGCCAUGACCGAUGUACCCUAUCUAGAGUGUCUGCACUCCCUUUGACCGGUUCACUUGAUAGAAGUUAUAGUUUUUGUGACACUGGGAGAUUUUCUUUACCAAAAGUUGGAAGUUUUGGUAAGAAAUCUUUUGCUUUUAAUGGUAUUGUUCUGUGGAAUAGUCUCCCACAAUCACUUAGGGAUAUGGAAUCUUCCCACUCGUUUAAGCAUGCCAUCAAAACUCACUUAAUGGCCAGUUGAUUUUAUCACAGUCAUUUUAACUUAGCCUUAAUCAUUGUACAUGUUUUAUUCCAAUGUUAGUUGAACAUUGACCAUGUUUUACUUUACUGCAUAUUGAUCGUAAAUCAUUGCAUUUUUUUAAAUAAUAUGUAAUGUCUUCAAAGUAGUUGAAUUAAUGUAUGACUGACAAAUCUGUGAUGCAACAUUAAAUGUGAUACUCAUGAACAUGUGAUAUAUAUUAUGUGAUCUCGUUAAGCAUUCCUAACUGAACUAGUAUUUUUGUGCUUACACGGUAUUAAUUACAAUUGAUACAAGUAACAUGACUUCCUGUGUCAGGCUGCCAAAAUUUCAAGGACUGGUUAUGGUUAACAUCUCAUGGUAAUAUUUAUUUUUUUGAAAUGAUAAGUGUUAUAUUGUGCCAUGUAUUACUUAACUAAUCUUUCGUCUUUAUUUGUUAGUAUACAUAUCUAUU